AUGUCACAGCUUUUAGGUCAGUCGAAAGCAUGCGAUGUUGUUGGUUUAAGUUUGCGCUGUUUGGGUGGCAAUGCACCAAGCAAUGAUUGGGAAAUUGCUAAAAAUGGGGAUCGGACUCUACUUCUUAUUGGGCGAACAGGUGAUGGUAAAAGUGCGACAGGCAAUAGUAUUCUCGGAAGAAUGGCAUUCAGGUCAAUGCAUUGCUCUUCUGUUGUUACAAGUGCUUGCCAGCUUCAGAGUACUCAAUUAGACGAUGGACAGAUACUUAAUGUGAUUGAUACUCCUGGAUUGUUUGAUAUUUCUCGAGACCCUGAUUUUGUUAUAAAGGAACUUGUAAAAUGCAUGGAUUUUUGUAAGGAUGGCAUCCAUGCUGUACUUCUGGUUCUGUCUGUACGAACUCGGUUUUCAAGAGAAGAACAAGCUGCUAUCCAAUGUUUUCUGGAGCUCUUUGAGAGCAAAAUUAGUGAUUACAUGAUUGUGGUCUUCACUGGAGGAGACGAGCUUGAAGAAAACGAUGAGAUUUUGGUUCAACAUUUAGACCGUUGUCCUGAGCCUUUAAAGGCUAGAUUAUUUACAGAGAUCUUAUAUGAUAAGAUGGGAUGUACUUAUAUUGAACCUUGGCUUUUGGAGUACAUUAAACUGCCAGAUCAUACUUUCUUAUUUUAUUUGCAUUUUAGCAUUAUUCGUCAAGUUAUGUUUAUAAAAAGUUAAAUUCGUUUGCUCAUUGAGUGUGAAAGUUGAUUCAAUUCAAUUAAUUAUUUGUACUACCGUUACAGGAAGUUCUCAAACAAUGUGGAAAUAGACAAGUACUUUUCGACAAUAAGAAUCAGGAUCCAUUGAAGAAAGCUGAACAAUUGAGUAAUCUUCUUUUACAUGUGAAUUUGGUUGUGGAAAAGAAUGAUGGAAGACCAUAUACAGAAGACCUUUUCAAGGAAUUAAAGGUUGAAUCAAAGCUGAGGAUGAUGAGGCAUGUUGAAGCAGAAUUGGCAAAGGAGCGUGUUGCUCGGUUGGAAGCUGAACCAAAUGCAGAAGCAGGUCUAAUGAACUGGAAAAAUGUGAGUAGUCUGAUGAGAGGGACCUUAGACAGACCCCAAGCAAGAAAAAGAUCUCC